AUGACGUGCGGAUCUUGUAAAGUCUUCUUCCUGCGCACAUCAAUGGCCAAGAAAGUAUUUCUCUGCGAGCGUGGUGGGCACUGUGAAAUACCACGAGAUCGAUGUCGGGCGUGCCGUUUCCAGAAAUGCUUGAAGAUGGGUAUGAAUCCGGAAGCCGUCGGCCGCCGAAAACAACUAAUAUUAAGCGGAAAGGAAAAAGCGGAAGAUCGACUGCCCGAUCUAUCGAUAGUACCCUAUUUCAAUGAGAAAUCAGCAGCCCGGUCGAGGGGUUUCCACGCGGAACUCGGAAAAUUGGAUGACGCGUCGAAAAUUGCGUUUCAUUUGUUGGGAGUGGAGAGGUUCUGCGACAACGACACGGGCCAAUUUUCGACGUUCACAAAGUUUAAUGUGAAUUUGGACAUGGAGCUGGCGGAAGCGUUGCAAUUCCCCGGGAAAUCAUUAGCCGAAAUAGGACUGCUUUUUGAAACAUGGAUUAAUAUUCUUCUU